GGGUUCUAAAACUAGUGAGCAACAAGAAGAGCUGUAAACUAAAAGCAUGGAUGGGAAGAAACUGGAGUACACAGGUGAGGAGGCAUUGAAGGAGAUUGAGAGGCUCACAGCCAAGGCUGGUAGGGUUCAGUUGAACAUUUUGAAGGAGAUCUUAUCACGAAAUUCGAAAACCGAAUAUUUGAGUAAGUAUAUGAAGGGAUCAAAGGAUGUAUCAGCUUUUAAGCAAUGUGUCCCAGUCGUUACUUACAAGGCCAUUCAGCCUUACAUCCAAAGGAUUUCUAAUGGCGAAGACUCUUCUCUCCUUACUGGCCACCCCAUAACUGAAAUGCUGUGCAGUUCAGGAACUUCAGGAAGAGAGCCUAAGAUGAUGCCAUCGAUCGCUGAAGAUCUGGAUCGUAGAACAUUUCUAUAUAAUCUCAUUAUGCCGAUUAUGAACCAGUAUGUCCCUGGACUGGAUGAGGGCAAGGCUAUGUUCCUCUACUUUGUGAAGGCAGAAAUGUCAACACCGUGCGGCUUACCAGCUCGAACGGUGCUUACCAGCUACUACAAGAGCAGCCACUUCAAGUGCCGUAGCCCUGACCCUUUUAACAAUUGCACAAGUCCUGACCAGACCAUUUUUUGCAAUGACAGCAACCAAAGCAUGUAUUGCCAACUCCUCUCCGGCCUAGUCCACCGCCACCAAGUCCUGAGGCUUGGCGCCGUCUUUGCAUCGGCCUUUCUACGAGCCAUAUCAUUCCUAGAACGAAAUUGGAUCAACUUUUGCAAUGACAUACGUACCGGCCAAUUAGACCCUUUAAUCACAGAUCCCGAAUGCCGGUCAUCAAUGGCUCCCUUAAUUUCUGUCCCUAACCCUAGUCUAGCCGAUGAGAUCAAUGAAAUUUGUAGCCUUCCAUCAUGGAAGGGAAUUGUAUGCCAUCUUUGGCCUAAAGCGAAGUACAUUGAGGCUGUGGUCACGGGGUCCAUGGCACAAUAUAUCCCAGCUCUAGAGUACUAUAGUGACGGAAAACUUCCCUUGGUUUGCACCAUGUAUGCUUCCUCAGAGUGCUACUUUGGUGUCAACUUGAAGCCCUUGUCCGACCCUGCUGACGUGUCGUUUACCCUUUUGCCGAAUAUGGGGUAUUUCGAAUUCAUACCGUUGGGAGAGAAUGGGACUCGACUCAUGAACAUAGAUGAAGAUGAGGAGGUGCGUAGUGAUAAACUUGUUGAUUUGGUGCAAGUGAGGCUUGGCUGCUAUUAUGAACUGGUGGUCACCACCUUUGCUGGAUUGAAUCGUUAUCGAAUCGGCGAUGUGCUCCAAGUGACUGGAUUUCACAAUAAAGCACCGCAAUUUCGGUUCAUCUGUAGGAGGAAUGUUGUUCUCAGCAUUGACACUGACAAAACUAAUGAGGAGGACUUGCACAAGAGCGUUUCUGUAGCAAAAAAGUUGUUAGAACCCUUCAAUGCUCUUCUUGUGGAGUACACUAGCUACGCGGAUACAUCAUGUCUACCCGGCCACUACGUACUGUAUUGGGAAAUUAUAUAUCAUGGAUCAAUGGUGGACUCAACAGCCCCACUUGAUGAUAACGUGAUGCAAGAAUGCUGCAUUGCUGUGGAAGAGGAACUUGACUACAUCUAUCGCCGGUGCCGCACAUAUGACAAGUCCAUAGGGCCGCUUGAGAUUCGGGUGGUGGAGCCUGGGACGUUUGACGCGUUGAUGGACUAUUUCAUCAGCCAAGGGGGUUCGAUCAAUCAAUAUAAAACGCCGAGGUGCAUCAAGUCGAAUAAGGCGCUUAAGCUGCUUGAUUCUAAUGUCAAGGCAUGUUUCUUUAGUCCAAGAGAUCCUAAGUGGAUCCCUUAGAUCCAACGUGUGUUAAUGAUCAUAGUCAAGAUUAGAACUCUUUUUGUUAGCCUUUAUUUUCCUGCUAUGAACUAACAAAGGUUCUGCACCUAUAAGCUGUUGGUGCAAUAAGUUUAAAUAUGCAUUUUGCAGACAAUAUAUAAUAUGCACCUUAAUUAA